UUACCACAUCAUUUUUAAUAUCUUUCUCUCUCUCUCUCUUGUACUAGUAAUAAAUAUCGUGUUGUAAUAAUAUUUCCUCUGUUUUCGGAACUGGCGUUAUCUCAGGAAAUUACUCUGGAAGAAACAAGAAACAAAGGGGUGGUGCUCGCCCUAUAUGAGGCCUUGAGCUCUCGUGACGUUGCCAAGGUCCAGAAACUACUGGCCACUGAUCUUGAAUGGUGGUUUCAUGGUCCACCUUCAAACCAAUAUUUAAUGCGCAUCUUAACUGGAACUGCCGACUCAGACCACCAUCUUUUUCAGUUCAUUCCUCAAAACAUUGACGCCUUUGGAUCAACUGUCUUAGUUGAAGGUUGUGAUCCUGACCGUUCAAUUACUUGGGUUCAUGCUUGGACUGUUACUGAUGGGAUAAUUACUCAGGUUAGAGAGUAUUUUAAUACCUCUCUUACUGUUACCCGACUUGACAGUAAUAGCCAGGCUAUAUUGUCACGUCAUUGCCCUUCUCUUUGGGAGAGUAGUCUACCUAAUCGGGUCGGUAAGUCGGUUCCGGGUCUUGUAUUAGCUCUCUGAUGGGCUGAAGUUGUUGUUGGCGGUUUUUGGCGGUUAUAUCUUUGUGUUUGCGAGGAUGUAAGUUUACGGUUGGUUGGUUUGGGGGUUUCUGUAUUUUUAUUUUAUCAGCAAUAUUUUAAUUUGCUAGUGUUUGUUUGUUGAUUAAAAGUAGGGGAAAUAGCGUGUAGGUGGAGUUAAGAAGGGACCAUGAAAAAUGGGAGACCUUUGUACUGGUUUGAUAAAUUAUGUAGUAUGGCGCGUUUGGUUUGCAAUAACAGCACUUGUUGGUUUGCUAAAAGGCCUUUCUUCGUGUGUUGAUUUACUU